AGCAUCUCAUCCUCUUAAGAACAGGAAGACAGAAAGCGAGCAGGAGAUACGGAAGGUGUAAGGCCCAGGGAUGCCACAGACUGAGAGUGAGAGGUUGAAGAGUGAGCGACUGAACAGUGGGCGACAUCAGCAGCAGCGAGAGCGGCGGGGUGAACAGGGAGAGGAGCCAGACACACGUACCCAGCCCAAAGAUUCUGCCUCACCUCAGCUCUGUGCUCGUACCUCUGUUACACAGAUGGGCUUCCCAUUGAUGAUCAGACAAGGAGGUUCACUUAUGGCCUCGUCUCAGCUCCAAAGCAUAUUGUUACAGCAGUGUUCCAGUGAGGAGGAGGGGAGACCGGUCCUGCAACGGGUGUCUCUGUGCCCCCAGUUGAGCCAGCACAGACCCUCUGUUCUACGCCAGGGUGUUCAGGCUGCCCACGUACGACCGCAGGCACCAUGCACUCUAACAGAGGCCAGUUCAGCUCAGCCCAUCUCACUGUGCAAGGUGGAGGUGGACACAGGGAGCCGUGGACAGUCCUCUCCCCCACACUCUGAGCACUCUCCUGGGCCAACUCGUCACCCCUCUCCCCUGAGGACAGCCAGUCCUAAGCAGAGCUCCAUCAUCACCAGGCAACAUGAGGCAGGUCACCCAGCCUUAGAGGGGUCCAGUGCUCUGUUUCUCAACGGACUCUGCUGCUGGCCUGGCUGCGAUGCAGUAUUUGAAGAAUUUCCCAGUUUUUUGAAACACCUCCACUCUGACCAUGGUCAUGGAGACAGAAGCAUUGCACAGUGGAGGGUACAACAAGACAUGGUGCAAUUCAUGGAGACCCAGCUGACUGUGGAAAAACAGAAACUCUUCGCAAUGCAACUUCAUCUGCACCUAUCUGGACACAAAUCAACUGUCUUGAAGGCAGGUUCAGACUGGCCCUACAGGCACAGCCUGUCACUAGGCCUGCCCCAGAACCCAGCCCUGGCCCGGGUGCCAGAUAGAGUGUCACGCUGCACCACUAAAGAGCCAGAGGAGCUGGUGCAGCACGAGUAUUGGCCCUCUGCUGCUCCCCACCACCUACGGCCAGAUCUUAUCCCGAGUGUUGAGUGUUACAAAUACAACAACAUUAGGCCACUGUACACCUACGCCUGCAUGAUAAGAUGGUCUAUACUGGAGUCUCCAGACAAGCAGCGCUCUCUGAAUGACAUCUACAACUGGUUCACCACCAUGUUCUUCUACUUCCGACACAACACGGCCACGUGGAAGAACGCUGUCCGUCAUAAUCUUAGCCUCCACAAGUGUUUUGUGCGAGUGGAGGGAGGCAAGGGGGCCGUCUGGACAGUGGAUGAAAUGGAAUAUCAAAGGAGAAAGGGACAAAAAUACCACAGGGAUCAUCAUGUGAAAUGGCUGGCACCCUACUCCUUAUUUCGUCCAGAGGAACCUUGAACAUAGCCACCCCUUCAGUGAAUGAAAAACUACUGGGAAAGGAAGUCACUAGGACCUAUAACUGAAUCAGGUAUUUUUUAACAGGGCUGGAGAAAAAGCCCUCCAGGAGGGUUGACCAGUCCUGGUCUACAGUAUCUACAGAACCUAUCAUCACCUUCUUUGUUCAGCAGCAGAUGGUGCUCCAACAUAGCACAGCCCAGGACUCUUUUGCCUCUAGACUCUCUUAUCAUGAAGAUGUGUGCACGGCUGACGGCUGGAAUGGCUAUAUGUUUUGCAGCAUUUGAAAGAAAAAUAUAUACUUAGCAAUCAUUUGUCAAUCAAAACAUAGUGAAAAGGUAAACAAUUGUUUUGUUGUAUUGGCUACAUACAGUAUACUCUAUCCCACUGGGCUAAUCAUUGUAAACUGUUGUUUUGAGGGUGGAAUUUCAACCAUAGGAUUAUGUCAACAUUUUAAUACAUUUUCAACAUAGACAAACCUCGUAUGAAAUAUAAUGAAUUUGUACCUUUGAAAUAAUGUCAGAUCAUCACUCAAUAAGUCAGACAACAAACUUCUGGCUGAUUUAUUGAGUGGGUGAAUAAAGGUUGAAAUCUCAUUGUUCAACGUUUUUACCAAAUAUUACCCAAAUGUCCUCGUUGAAAUGAAAUGGUGUGCCCAGUGGGGUGUUACAGCAAGCAAGUACAAUUUUACAUUGUGUACAACAACAAAAAAUGC